CAUGCAGCUUGCACGAACUACAAGACGGUGGCUGCACGCCCUACUAUGUGCCACCCGCCGGCGUAGCUGGUUGGCCGAUGCCCGAGGGGGGAUAAAAGUCUAUGACGACCACAUGAGCGUCCGUCCAAACAUGGGAUUUUGUAUUCGAAUACGGUACGCCAGCCCAGAGCCGGACUUUGAUCCGACCAGGGAUUCCGAGAGGAGGCGGCGGGGCUGCCACUAAUAUGUCUGUACACCUGUGGUUGGGAUGGAAAUGGACCUGCACCACGCCCGUCCAGCUCACCUACUUGUUGAUUGCUUUUCUUCGGGACCACGGAAGAGGAAUGUACCAAGGUUGUAUGUCAUGCUGAUUCCUGCUCCUCGGGUGGAAUGUUUCCCAGGCGAGUUGGUCGUAUUAUCUGAUUAGACUGAUACAUGGUGAUUCAUCACAACAAUUCAUGUCUUCCCCCCCCC